UGUUAUUGUAGUUGUUGUACUACAGAUGACCAGAGGGGGCAGUAUGGCACCAAACACUAGUGGGAGUUAAGACUGAUAUUAGACGAAAAAGAGACGACGGAAGUGUCCUGGCAGAAUAUGUCAGAAUGGGAACUCAAAUUAAAGAUGUGAUUCUGAAGCCGGACGCUCCCAGCGCGCUGCUGCUGGACAAACAUGCGGAUUACAUCGCAGCCUACGGCUCCAAGAAGGACGACUAUGAGUACACUCUGUCGGAGUACCUCAGGAUGAGCGGGAUCUACUGGGGUUUGACAGUAAUGGACCUGAUGGGUCAGCUGCACAGAAUGAACCUGCAGGAAAUCAUAGAUUUCAUCAAAGCCUGUCAGCAUGACUGCGGAGGCUUCAGCGCCAGCAUCGGACACGACCCUCACCUGCUCUACACCCUCAGUGCUGUCCAGAUCUUAUGCCUUUAUGACAGCCUGGAUGCCAUUGAUGUGGACAAAGUUGUGGAAUAUGUCAAAGGGCUUCAACAGGAAGACGGCUCUUUUGCAGGAGACAAAUGGGGGGAAAUAGACACCCGGUUUUCUUUCUGUGCUGUUGCCACACUUGCAUUACUGGGAAAGAUGGACAUGAUAAAUGUUGACAAAGCUGUGGAGUUCGUCUUGUCCUGCAUGAACUUUGAUGGAGGUUUUGGCUGCAGACCUGGUUCGGAGUCUCACGCUGGUCAGAUCUACUGCUGCACCGGUUUCUUGUCUCUCACCGGCCAGCUGCACCAGCUGAACGCAGACCUGCUGGGCUGGUGGCUCUGCGAACGCCAGCUGCCGUCCGGAGGACUCAACGGAAGGCCUGAGAAGCUUCCAGACGUUUGCUACUCCUGGUGGGUUCUGGCGUCUCUGAAAAUCAUCGGCAGGAUCCACUGGAUCGACAAAUCCAGACUGCGGAAGUUCAUUCUGGCCUGUCAGGAUGAGGAGACGGGAGGCUUCGCUGACAGACCAGGAGACAUGGUGGACCCUUUCCACACUCUGUUCGGAGUGGCUGGACUCUCCCUCCUGGGCGAGGAACAGGUCAAAGCAGUAAACCCGGUGUUGUGCAUGCCAGAGGACGUCUUACAGAGGAUCGGCCUGCAGCCGGACCUCCUCAGCUAGCCUUCACAUGGAUGUGAUGCUCCUCUAAACUGGACAAUGAAGCAGAGACAGAACCACAACACACAGCUGUUACUGGAGUCGCUCCUUCCUCACAGUAUUGAGGAAAAGUUUGCAACAUUCCUGAAGCUCCACCGGAUCUUUCUGAAGGAAGUCCUCUAACAUCUCCGGUCUCAUUUCUGUCCUGGUUUGUGUUUUAUCAACGUAACAACUAUCUGACAUAUUGUGACAAAAUAGACACAGACGUUUCAGGAGAAGAGGGACAAAUAUAAUAUUUUAGAAGGCAGUAGUGAUUUUACUGUAACGGCAUCUGUGUCGUCUCAUGUUCCUGCAGCUGCACAUAAAACAGCAUCUGUGUUUGACAAAUGAAGAGCAAGUGAAGGACACAAAAGCAAUCACACUACUGUGUUAAUGGGCUUCAAAGCUGCAGAUUCACGCCUGCACAGACUAUUUCAUGUCACUUCAAUUACUCCGCCGUAGAACGCGUGUUGGCAGGCCUCAGAAGGCUCCGUGACUGUAAACAUCCUUUAAUGUCUUAUCCACACUUCCAGCUACAAUAUUUAUUAAAACGUAUCACUCUGUGA